UGUAUGAGCUGAUUAACUGAGGAUCUGUGAAGGGAGGGGGAGCAGGGCUGUGACAAGGCUAAAGACAAGAGCUUCUAAAAACACAUGACAUGAGAUGAAAACAAAAAUAAAACUAAAACUUGACCUAAAACUAUAACACAGCUUGAUUAAACUGGGAGCAGAUAUCAACAAGGUCUGCCUUGCAAUUUUAAUAAAAAGAUGCAACAGUCUGGGAACGCUCCUCUGCACCUGGCUAUWGUGGCGAUGGCAACGAAGACCUGUAAAAGUUCCCAGGAUGAUGUUUGCUGCAUCUCUGAGCUCCUUCAGCACGGAGCAAAGCCGGACUUGGUGAACAAGGCUGGACUAUCUCCUCUGCACCAGGCGUGCAGCAUGGCUAAAGAGGAGCUGGUGGAUCUGCUGCUGACACACGGGGCCGACGUCAACAAGKAGAGCCAAGCUGGGGAGAGCUGCCUGUUCCUGUUCCUGAGRCACAAACCAAAUGUGAAGAAUCACAUGCUGCUGAUCAAACUCCUCAGCCUGACCUCCCCGCUCACGCUCUACAACCAGAACGGCUGCUUACCUUCAACCUUGACUCAACCAUAAACGAGACCAACUUUUAAAACUAAUGCGACAGCCGAGAACACUUCAGCACAUUUGCAAGAGUAACAUUUACCUGAAAUACGUCGGUGAAAGGAAAGAGGACUUAAGCAAAGUCUUGCCUGAAAGUCUCUUUGAGUUUGUCUUCAAUCGCUGGGAGGUUGAGGACAUCUSUUUUGUGCAUGACAGUCAGUGUGAAGCUACACCUCAAGCUUAGGCUGAAAUAAUAAAAUGAAUGUUACCUUCAGGUCUCUGUGCAUGAUGCCUCUGGAAUGAAUGUACUCCACUCCUUCAAGUAUGUUUUUCAGCAACCUUAGUGUGUGUUCGCUAUCAACACAGUCAUAUGGAGCUG